AUGACGGCACCGCGAGGGCUAGAGAUAGAGGAGGAGCGUCGCCCUUUGAUCCAAGCACGACCGGCAGCAUCCCGUACUGCAUACAACGCCAUAGACGUGACUCUGGGGGAAGGCGACCGCAAGCUUGUCACGCGCGGCAAGGCCCGCUCCGCCUCCGGCAAAGCAGAUGUCACGUCACGCAAAGGCGAGGCAUCGUCAGAUCUCGUCGUGAGGGUGCAAGCCGUAUGCCCCAACAUCCAUUGUCCCUCCUGCAUCUCACACCUUUCCCAUCUCGUCUCGGACGUACACAUCGAUGCAGCAUCUCGAACUCGCAUCAGCAACAUCAACACGUCCCUCAUCGAUCGCAGCGUCAACUUUGAUCUCGUCAUCUCUCUUGCCUAUCACCGAGCCAACGCGAGAACGACCAUCAACAGCAGCAGCAACGAAAGCAGGACUGUUUCGAGGCUGGCAACGCGGAUCGUCAAGGAGAUCGCCUCGUUUCUCGCUCAGGAUGGCUUUCCUGUCGACCAUUUGCGCUCCAAACUCGUAUCUGUGGCGCCUUCACACCGCAAGUACAAAGAUGCGCUGAACUUCGUCCUGGAUGCGCCUGAUGUUUACGAUCAUCACACCGCACAUCAGUCUGCUUCCAGUCCCUCCCAGCACGACCGAUUGGGCACAAGCUACGAAGCACCACAGCCCGCCUCCACUCUCGCCCACUUUUCUUCAUCGCUCGGGUCCACUCUGCGCUCCGCCUUCUCUCGCUCCUACGCAGCCGACCAAGAUCGAGCUCGACUGCAGUCAGAUCGCUGGCGCAAGCAUCUCCAGUAUUGCCAGGCUUGUCGAGAAGGGUAUGCGCAUGGCAUCGAAGAAGAUGCGACGGCUAGCGUACGCAAGGAUGACUCCAUCCAUGUAGAAGCGAGGGUGGUAGCGACGCUAUCAAUUAGCGGCAUGACUUGUGCGUCGUGCGCGCAGUCCAUCACGCAAGCCCUGAAAGCAGAGACCUCGAUUUCGAUCGAUUCGGUCCAGGUCAAUGUGAUGUCCGCUUCGGCCACCGUGACGACACAGCCAUCUGCCAUAGACAAGGUCAUCGAGACCAUCGAGGACUGCGGUUUCGAUGUGCAACUCGUCAAGACGGAACCCGCAAAGGGAAAAGCUACAACGAAGCCAGAAAAGGUAGACUCACAUUGGUCCGCCAAGCUUUCAAUCUCGGGGAUGACAUGUGCAAGCUGCGUGCAAAGCAUCACCUCAGCUCUCGAAUCGUUUGCUGACGAAACCAACCCGAAAGAGGUCGUCAAGAUCCUGCAAACGUCUAUCCAUCUCAUGGCCAAGUCGGCCGACAUCAAGCUCGCGGCAAGCUCCACCGAGACCAUCGGAAAGGCCGAGGUGGAGAAGCGACUUCAGGCUGUCGUCGGCGAGAUGGAAGAUAUUGGCUUUGACGCCGAGCUGCUCAGCGUACAGCACGUCCCGGGCAACCAGUCAUCUUCCGAUGUCAAUGCAGCGGAUGGGUCCGGCGAGAACAAGGACUCGCAAAGAUCAGUCCGAAUCAAGAUCGAGGGCAUGUUCUGCCAGCACUGUGUUGACAAGGUGCGCAACUACCUCGAUACCAAGCAGCGGGAACACGCCUCAGACAUGGACAUCGACGACGAGGAUCUUGCCAACUUCAGCCUUGCCAACCCGUCCAUCAGCUUCAGCUACACCUCCGGCGCAGGCUCGACCAUCCGCUUGCGAGACGUGCUGGUCGGGAUCAAUCAGCUCGAUCCGGCCUUCGAAGCCUGCUACGCGCCGCCAGCGUCACUUGCCUCUCGAUCGGCCGUGUUGGCGCGCAAAGAGCUUCGAGAUCUCUUGCUCCGCCUCAGCAUCGCUGCGCUCUUUGCCGUUCCGACGCUCGUGAUUUCCAUGGUCGCGCCCCUGCUGCCGUUCGACCAUACCCUGCGCCGCUAUCUCUCCCGGUACGUGGUAGGCUCUGCCACCAAAGGCGAAGUGGCCAUGUGGAUCAUCUCUACUCCGAUUCAAUUCGGCGUGGGAUCCAUCUUUUUCAAGAAAGCUUGGCGCAGUCUCUCGUCGGUCUGGAAGCGCGGGCGCUCUUGGACGGACCGCUUGCUGCGAUUCGGCAACAUGGACGUCCUCGUGGCCCUGGGCACGCUCGUCGCGUAUACGUCCUCCUUGGCUUUCCUCCUCAUCGACGCAUGUCGCCCCCCGUCGGAUGAGAUGACGUUUCGGCCGCUCGAAAUGCACACAAGCGACGACGAGGCAUCGAUGCAGGACGAGAUGGGGAUGACCUACUUCGAAGCAUCUGUCUUUCUCGUAUUCUUCAUCCUGCUGGGACGAGCCCUCGAAUCUAUCAGCAAGAAAAAGACGGGUGACGCGGUGGCAGAUCUGAGCAAGAUGAAACCCUCCACCGCUUACCUCGUCCUUGACCCGACGAACCUGGCUCAGAGCAAGACCAAGGUGGUGGACGUGGAUAUGCUCGAGAUCUCGGACUUUGUGCUGGUGCCGUGCGGUUCAUCGCCGCCGCUGGACGGAACCUUUGCGGGCACGCCAGCGAGUACGCAAGACGCGCAGGCUUUGCUGGACGAGAGCAGUCUUUCUGGUGAAGCUCGGCCAGUCAGCAAGCUUGUAGGCGAUCCUGUCUUUGCCGGCACCAUCAACGUCUCUCCCACGGCAAUCUUCGCGCGGGUCGGGGUGCUUCCGGGAUCGUCUAUGAUCGAUGACAUCCUCGACGUCGUUCAAGAGUCUGCUGGUAAGAAAGCGAGCAUUGCGCAGCUGGCAGACAAGAUCACGGGCGUCUUCGUCCCAAUCAUCGUCUACAUCUCGUUGGCCGUCUUCAUCCUGUGGACGUUGCUGCUCUAUUCAGGAGCGCUGUUCGAAUCAUGGCAAGCAAGGAAUGUGCCUCAUUACGGAGAGCCGGGGGCGAAGCUGUUGUGGGCCAUGCAAUUCGGCAUCUCGUGCUUGCUGGUCGCGUGCCCGUGCGGGAUCGGCCUUGCCGCUCCGACAUCACAGCUGGCGGGCAUCGGACUAGCUUCUAAGCACGGCAUCUUGGUCAAUGGAGGAGGGGAGGCUUUCCGAGCGGCAAGUGCAGCAGCACGGGGAAGCGCCGAUCUGGUCGUUGUCUUUGACAAGACGGGUACAAUUACAAAGGGCGAAGCAGUGAAGGUCACUUCGUCUCGAUUCGCUCCUGCCUUUGAAAGGGCUUCCAACGAAUCGGAUCAGGCAAGCGGCAUGACUCAGGAGACGCUGCUGCGCUGCGUUGAUCUGGUCGAGCAGUCCAGUACGCAUCCCUACGCAGGGGCUGUGCGCGGCUUUGUCGCCGAGCGGCUCAAUCAGGAGACGCCGACGGCUGAAGAGCCUUCGCCUCUCCCGAAGCUCGUAGACGUGUCUGAAGUGGCUGGCAAGGGCAUUCGAGCCACGUUCGAUCACGAAGGCUCUACGUUCUUGCUGCUCGUGGGCAACAAGAGGCUCAUGGACGAGAUCCAGGGCGUUUCUUCGCGGAUGGACGCCUCGCUCUGGAAAGCAGAGGAAGAGUGGGCAGCCGCUGCCAACAGUGUGGUCUACGUCGGCUACCGAGCAGCCCCAGAUGCCGGACAGAUCAGUCUUGCCCUCGCGAUCAGCGACGUGAUUCGCCCAGAAGCUGGCUGGGUGAUCUCGCACCUGAAGCAGCGCUUCGGCGCAGAGAUUUGGAUGGUCAGCGGUGACAACGAGGCCACGGCGAAAGGUGUCGCCUCUCAGGUCGGCAUCGACCCCUCUCACGUAGUAGCCGGAGUGCUUCCAGUGCAAAAGAAGGAGUGGGUGGAGCGGCUGCAGCUCCCCGCCACGCAGCGUGAUGCCGAAUCUGCAUCUGCGCCUCCUUCCUCGAAACAGACCAGACCUUGGUGGCGAAGAUCCUCCACCAAGCAGCGCAUGGUCUGCUUCGUCGGCGACGGCAUCAACGACUCGCCCGCGCUCUCGUCUGCUCAGCUCGGCAUCGCCCUCGGCUCCGGCAGCUCGAUCGCCCACUCGUCGUCCGACUUUAUCCUCCUCCGUCGCACCUCGCCGCUGCUGUCGCUGCCUCUGCUGCUGAGCCUGUCCAACGCGACCUACCUCAAGAUCUGGACCAACUUCGCGUGGGCGUUCGUGUUCAACCUCUGCCUGAUCCCGAUCGCUGCCGGUGCGCUGGUGGGUGUUGGCGUGCGGCUGGGACCGGCACUCAGUGGACUCGCCAUGGCGUUUAGCAGUACGAGCGUUGUGCUCAACAGUCUGACGCUGCGGUGGUGGCGCCCGGAGAAGGUGGUUCGGCGGAAGAUCGAGGAAUGCGAGGCGGACGACGGUUGA